GCUGUGUACGAGUCGUGUGGAUAUGAGCAAACUGAUUUGAGACGGACUUGACUUACAGUUGUUGUUUGGAGUAGCACACUGCCCGGAGACAUGAACAAAUUUUAUUCAAUGCAGAUGGAGCCAGAGAACGGGACCAAAGUUAGAGAGUCCUUCAAGUUUGUGUUGGAGGAGAAGAGGGAUGUAUGGAAGGACAAUAGAGAGGAUCUAUCAGAGCAAUCAGAGCCCUCCUGUUGUCUCAGUGUCAGCAAGAUCUCCUACACAGUCAGUGAGCGUGUGGGUCCGUGGUGGGACUUACCCUCCUACAGAAAGCGAUGGACCCGUCAGAUCCUCAAUGAUGUCUCCUUCCACGUGGACAGUGGGCAGAUCAUGGGCAUACUGGGCAAUUCAGGCUCAGGAAAGACUACAUUGUUGGAUGCCAUCUCAGGGAGGAUUAGAAACUCUGGUACACUGUUGGGUGAGGUCUUCGUUAAUGGCAUGAAACUGAAGAGAGAAGAGUAUCAGGACUGUUUCUCCUAUGUACUGCAGAGUGAUAACUUGUUGAGUUAUCUGACAGUGGAGGAGACUCUGACCUACACAGCCCAGCUGGCCCUGCGGAAACACUCGGCCGAAGCCAUCAAGAAGAAGGUGUCGCAGGUGAUGGCCGAGCUGAGUCUAAGUCAUGUGGCCCACAGUGUUAUAGGAGGUCGUGUUUUCCCAGGGAUCUCUGGGGGCGAGAGGAGGAGGGUCUCCAUUGCCAGUCAGCUACUUCAGGACCCAAGGGUGGUCCUAUUGGAUGAGCCGACCACUGGGCUGGACAGCAUGACCGCCAAUCAGAUCGUGGUGCUGCUGGCAGAGCUGGCCAGGAGGAACCGUAUCGUCAUAGUAACCAUCCACCAACCACGCUCCGAGCUCUUCAGGGUGUUCAGCAGGAUAGCUAUUAUGAGUCGUGGAGAGCUGGUGUUCUGUGGGCAGCCAGAGGAGAUGGUGGACUUCUUCAGCCAAUGUGGAUAUGAGUGUCCAGAGUACUGCAACCCCUUUGACAUCUAUGUUGACUUCACCUCAGUGGACACACGCAGCAGUGAGAGGGAGGCAGCCACCUUUAGUCGCAUGCAGGAGAUCACUUCAGCGUAUCAGAAGUCUGCCAUCUACCAGAGCAUGUUGGAAAAAGUGGAGGAGAGCCUGCAGCGGGCAGACAAGCCAGCCAUCCCCUUUAAGAGCAAAGAGUCACCUAGUGGUGCAACCAAACUUGAAGUUCUGCUCAGGCGGACAGCAAGAAACCUGUCCAGAGACAGGAUGGGUGUUCUCAUGCGUUUGUCGCAGAACUUGAUCUACGGUCUCUUUGUGGCCUUCUUCGUGAUGCAUUUAGAUAAUGACGUCAACAAGGGUGCUGUGCAAGACCGCAUUGGCAUCAUCUAUCAGAGCAUUGGUGCUUCACCCUACACUGGCAUGCUGAAUGCUGUGGCUCUCUUCCCGGCAUUGCGAGCCAUCAGUGAUCAGGAGAGUCAGGACGGGUUGUACAGUAAAUGGCAAAUGUUCUUGGCCUACAUCUUCCACAUCCUGCCUUUCAGCAUACUGAGUGUUUUCAUCUUCACCUCCUUCCUUUACUGGACGGUGGGGAUGCACCCUGACAGCUUGCGUUUCCUGUGUUUUUCUGCUGUAGUCCUGGUGCCACAUAUUACAGGUGAGUUGCUGACUGUGGUGCUAUUAGGAGUGGUCCAAGACCCUAACAUGGUCAACACUGGAGUGGCUCUGCUCAAUAUUGCAGGGAUCAUGGUGGGAUCUGGCUUCCUAAGGAGCACCCAGCAGAUGCCAGUGGUCUUCCAGUGGCUCAGCUACCUGACCUUCCAGAAGUACAGCUGUGAACUGCUCAUAGUCACAGAGUUCCACGGACUCGACUUCACAUGCAAUAGUUCCAAACCUUUGCCAGGAGCCUGUAUUAUCACUCAAGGCAGUCAGAUCAUUGAUGAAGGCUAUCCUGGCGCUCUGUCCCGAUACACACUGGACUUUGUUCUCCUAUACUCCUUCCUGCCUGCUCUCCUGCUGCUGGGCAUGAUCAGCUUCAAGAUCAGAGACAGGCUUGUACGCCAAUAAAACUACAGACACACAUUUCUGGGAGAAUUUUCUGUUUAAAGAAAGAAAAGAAAGGAAGAUAAACUGAGUUUGGUUGUGAAGAUCUAAAACAGAUUUAGAGAAAAGAUUUAUGGUAUGUUAGUCCCAGAAGAUGAGGAAUGCUGAUGUGCUGUGGCUCCUGCUUACACGUAUCAUUUGUGUUUGCAUCCCUUCCAGCAACAUUCAACAAAUAUUUCUGUUGUGUGUAGGCACUUACCUUAAAGUUUUACAGAAUAAAGUAUUAUAUACUGUAGUUCAGAGCAAUGAUGCAAGUACAAAGAGCUUUUUGUUCUCAGAAAGAUCACAGUUCAACGUGCAAGGCACAGUACAGAGGGGGUUAAUCUGUGUUAACUAGGAUUCGGCCAUGGACAUAAACCACCUGAUAGGACUGCUUAAUAACUGAGUGGUCCUAGUACUAAACAGCACCAUGAAUCAACCUGCUUUAACACUGAUUGGGCUCAAACAAGGUUCUGUAUAGUUUAAAUAUGCAGUUUCUGACUGGAACAAAUAUCUGCACUGAUGUCAAAUUAAUUCUUUUUAUAUAAAAGUAUAUACUGUACAAAGUAGUACAUGUAAACUACAGCUUAAACUAUAAAUCACCAUUUUGAUU